UCAUUAGUGAUAAAUAAUUAAGUCAUGGCUAAGCAGUUAUCAAGUUAAACUUACCAAGUAAGACGGUUUUAGAUUCAUCUUUAAUUAUAACAAAAAUAAUGGGUAGAUAUAUUAGUCUCAGUUUUUGUCUUUUUCUCUCGAUAUACAUCACAGUGAUUACAGCGCGACAGCUGAAUAUCUUUAGCUUGGACAAAAGUUGGAUUUGUAAUAUCAAGAAGUCAUGCGUAGACUGUCUUCGCUUGUCCCAAUGCAGCUGGUGUCGGUCAGAAAAUAAGUGUUUCUCUGAAAUAUUACCUUAUUUCCAAAGUUACUGUAAGGAUGACAAAGUGCAAGACGUUGACUAUGGAAUGAGCUUAGAAGAAAACGCAAAAUGCGCUUGCGAUCCGGAUCAUUUAAGCUUUGAGAAAAACUGCCAGCAUCCGGAUGUGAUCAGCGAAGAAUGUUCUGGGCGUGGAACGUGUGUAUGCGGUCGAUGCUUUUGUAAUAAUAUACCAUUUCCUGAAAAUCCGAGCAAGACAAUCAUGGGUGAAUAUUGUGAAUAUGACAACUUUUCGUGCAACGACACUAAAUGCACUGAAGGUCCCUACAACAUUUAUGAAUUGAAUAAUUUUGACGAAAACACUAAAUAUAAUGGUGAAUAAUCAAAGACUAAAACGUCUACUAGGUGGCUAAAAAUAAUAAUAAAAUAAUAUUUAACUAUUGUAAAACUUUUA